AUGGUGCUGGUGAAUAAACUCAAAAGACUUAAGAAGGUUCUUAUUCUAUGGAAGACUGAAAGAUUCAAGAGAUUCUCUGAGAAAGUUUUAACUUCCAAAUCUUCUAUGGAUGAAGUGCAGAGACAAUUACAGGCUCAACCUUUGAGGAAUGAUCUAGUUUUUAAAGAAAAAGAAGUUUUUAAGACCUAUUCUAAACUAGCUAGGUAUUUUUUCAAAAGUGCUUGGUCUGUGGUGGGGGAUGAUUUUGUUGCUGUUAUUACAAUUUUUUUCAAGACAGGCAAGUUACUUAAAGAGGUAAACAGUACUCUCAUUACUCUUGUUGCUAAAUGUGAUAAUGCUUCCAAUGUUUUUGACUUCAGACCCAUGUUUUGUUGUAAUGUCAUCUACAAGUGUUUGACAAAAAAAAUUUCUUCUAGAAUGAAGUUUAUCUUAAAGGGUUUAAUUAGUUCCAGCCAGUUUGCUUUUAUAUCAGGGAGGUCCAUUCAAGAUAAUAUCCUUUUAGCUCAUGAAAUUGUUAGGAAUUACCAUAAAUCUGGUGGUAGUCCUAGGUGUGCUCUCAAAAUAGAUCUUCAAAAGGCCUAUGAUACUGUCAGUUGGGAUGCUAUUGCUGUUGUGAUGAGGAAAUUUGGAUUCCCAGAGAGAUUUUUUGAUUGGGUUAUGCAACAAGUGCUGGCUGGAAAUUAUGGGCUACACCCAAAGUGUAAGGGCACAAAUUUAACACAUUUGUGCUUUGCUGAUGACAUUCUUGUUUUCUUCAAAGGCAAUGUGAAAUCUGCUUAG